CCGCCUUCAGUCACGUGCCUGUCAGAGCCCGCUCGCCUCGCGCAGCCGUCAACAACAAACAGCAGGAAGUAACGAAGCUAACCUGGCUAACACUAAAGUAACGCCCGUUACCGCGCGCUUCGCUCGUUACUAAGCUCGUGCUAAACUCACUAAAUGUCGCGUGCGUUUGAGUGACUGACCGUCUGUGCCCGGCGCGCGCUCACAGGGGGCGAUGUGCUAACUUUGAGCUAGGCUAACGGUCAGCUGUUGUUUUGGUCGGUAGCUGCGGGCUAACGGACGCAGCCUGUCGGUGACACGGCCGGUCCAUGGAGACGUGUGAAGCCGUGACACACUGACACACCUCGGUCAGCUGUUGUCGGGUCCGUGCGGGGAUCGAACCUGCGUCAGAGCGGUCUGUACCUGAACCAGCUCCAACAUGCAUGACGCGUACGAACCGGUGCCGAUUCUGGAGAAGCUUCCGCUCCAGAUCGACUGCCUGGCGGCCUGGGAGGACUGGCUGCUCGUGGGGACCAAGCCGGGCCACCUGCUCCUCUACAGAAUAAAGAAGGAUGCAGGCACCAACCGGUUUGAGGUGACGCUGGAGAAAUCCAACAAGAACUUCUCCAAGAAGAUUCAGCAGCUCUACGUCGUCUCACAGUACAAAAUCCUCGUCAGUCUUCUCGAGAACAACAUCCACGUCCACGACCUCCUGACCUUCCAGCAGAUCACCGUGCUGCCCAAAGCCAAAGGAGCCACGCUCUUCGCCUGCGACCUGCAGCAAACCAGCUCAGGAGAGGAAAGGUUGAGAAUGUGCGUCGCAGUGAAGAAGAAGCUCCAGCUUUAUUACUGGAAGGAUCGAGAGUUCCACGAGCUGCAGGGGGACUUUGGUGCUCCAGAUAUUCCAAAGUCCAUGGCCUGGUGUGAAAACUCCAUCUGUGUUGGUUUCAAACGGGACUAUUACCUCAUCCGGAUGGACGGCCGUGGCUCCAUCAAGGAGCUCUUCCCCACUGGGAAACAGCUGGAGCCCCUGGUCGCACCACUGGCUGACGGGAAGGUGGCCGUUGGUCAGGAUGAUCUAACCGUGGUACUGAAUGAAGAGGGCGUCUGCACGCAGAAGUGCGCCCUGAACUGGACGGACAUCCCGAUAGCAAUGGAGCACCAGCCUCCGUACAUCAUCGCCGUCCUCCCCCGGUACGUGGAGAUCCGGACCUUCGAGCCGAGGCUGCUGGUGCAGAGCGUGGAGCUGCAGAGACCUCGCUUCAUCACCUCCGCAGGGCCAAAUAUCGUGUACGUUGCCAGCAACCACUUUGUGUGGCGUCUUGUUCCCGUGUCGAUAGCCAGCCAGAUCCGGCAGCUUCUUCAGGACAAGCAGUUUGAGCUGGCUCUUCAGCUGGCGAAGAUGAAGGAUGAUUCAGACGGGGAUAAGAAGCAGCAGAUACAUCACAUCCAGAAUCUCUACGCCUUCAACCUGUUUUGCCAGAAGAGAUUCGAUGACUCCAUGCAGGUGUUUGCCAAACUCGGCACAGAUCCCACCCAUGUGAUCGGGCUGUACCCAGACCUGCUCCCGUCAGACUACCGCAAACAGCUGCACUAUCCCAACCCGCUGCCUGCUCUGUCCGGGGCAGAGCUGGAGAAGGCUCAUCUCGCCCUGAUCGAUUAUCUCACCCAGAAACGCAGCCACCUCGUCAAACAGCUGAACGACUCCGACCCUUCGACGACGUCUCCGCUCAUGGAGGGCACGCCCACGAUUAAAAGCCGCAAAAAACUGCUGCAGAUCAUCGACACCACCCUGCUCAAGUGUUACCUGCACACCAACGUGGCCCUGGUGUCGCCCCUCCUCCGUCUGGAAAACAACCACUGCCACAUCGAGGAGAGCGAGUACGUCCUGAAGAAAGCCCACAAGUACAGCGAGCUCAUUAUUCUCUAUGAGAAGAAAGGUCUGCACCAGAAAGCUCUGCAGGUGCUGUUGGACCAGUCCACCAAGGCCAACUCUCCGCUGAAGGGCCACGAGCGAACAGUGCAGUACCUCCAAAGACUGGGAGUGGACAAUUUGGGAAUCAUCUUUGAGUUUUCUCCCUGGGUGUUGAAGAUCUGUCCUGAGGACGGCCUGAAGAUCUUCACAGAGGACCUGACCGAGGUGGAGACUUUGCCCAGAGACAAGGUGCUGAACUUCCUGAAGGAGGGCUUUAAGGAGCUCGCCAUCCCGUAUUUAGAGCACAUCAUUUACGUGUGGGACGAUAAAGGCCCGGAGUUUCACAACGUGCUGAUUCAGCUCUACCUGGAGCGGGUUCAAGGCCUCAUGAAACAGUAUCUCAACUCACUGCCGGAAGGAGUUCCAGCUGUUGCUGCGGGGAAGGAGGACGGUGAUCUGGGUGAGUUCAGGAACAAGCUGCUGUCUUUCCUGGAUAUUUCUACCAGCUACGAACCAGCCAGACUCAUCAGUGACUUUCCCUUUGACGGCCUGCUGGAGGAACGCGCGCUGCUGCUGGGUCGGAUGGGCAAACACGAGCAGGCGCUCUUCAUCUACGUGCACAUCCUGAAAGACACCCGCAUGGCCGAAGAAUACUGUCACAGCCACUACAACAGCUCAGUCGACGGGAAUAAAGACGUUUAUCUGUCUUUGCUGCGAAUGUACCUGUCACCUCCUGACGUCCACUGCCUCGGGCCCAUCAAGAUGGAGCUGUCUGAGCCUCAGGCUAACCUCCAGGCAGCCCUGCACGUCCUGGAGUUGCACCACAGCAAGCUCAACACCACCAAGGCCAUCAAUCUCCUCCCAGCAAACACUCAGAUUAGAGAGAUCCGGGUCUUCCUGGAGAGCGUCCUGGAGGAGAAGGCACAAAGAAAACGUUGCAACCAGGUGUUGAAGAGUCUGCUGCAGGCCGAGUUCCUCAGGGUGCAGGAGGAGCGGAUCUUCCACCAGCAGGUCAAAUGUGUCAUCACAGAGGAGAAGACCUGCAGAGUCUGCAAGAAGAAGAUAGGAAACAGCGCGUUUGCCAGAUAUCCCAACGGCGUGGUGGUGCAUUACUUCUGCUGCAAAGACCGUACCGUCUGUCCCACUGAGCAGUAAACGCUCCACCCGACCAUGACUUUGUUUUUUUUUUUUUUUAACUAAUAAAUAACCUCCCCCUCCUCCCCUCUCUCUCUCUCUCCUCCUUCUCUGUGGAUUUCAAUGCUCGGACAUCUUUGAACUAGAAAUGCAUCAGAAGGUUGGAAGUUAAAGAAGAGCUGACGUCGUUUCUCUUCACCUGAGUUCACCUCGGACACGGCCGCUGUCGCGCUCUCACAGCCGAGCAGAACAGCACCUCCUCUCUUUCUGUCUGUGCAUGAAGUAACAGCAGGAAUGUCCGAGAGAAAUAAAGAGAGACGCUCUGACAUUUGAAAGGCAUGUGUCACUGUAACGCUAGAAGGGAUUCAUUGCCCUGCAUGUCGGCUCCGGAGAAAAUGGGCGCUAUUGACAGACGCCCAGAGGAAGAGGAGCUGUAACAACAGGAGUCAGUGCUCGUUCAUCACAAAGCCUCGGCCUGCAGUUUGAGUCCAUCGCUUCUCUCUUCCUGCCUCUCCCCUGUAACAUGUGUAGGCCUGAGAUACUGCUUGAUCUGCCACACACACUCUGCAGGAGUGUGUUAAAUGCCUUUUGUGACUCUGAUGAUUGUACCAGACGUCUCAUGAUGUGUUUCUGUUAGCAUGUGCCGGUACCGACGAAGCGGAUCAGUGUUUGUCCCGCGGCGCGUUGGACGUGUUCUCUUACUAACACUCACGGCUACGUUCGUUUACUCGUUCACCGUCUCCACGGCAGCAUUUUUAACGGCGUGUUAAUUAUUUGUCUUUUGUUUCGAAUGAAGUAAAACUCACCCAGAGUGAGACUGUGUGACUUUUAAACAGCAGCCAAGGUGACAGUUACAGUGACUUCUUCUUAAUUAUUCAGUUAAUUAUACAGAGCUGCAACGAUUGGCUGAUUAGUCAAUUAGUUGAUUGAAAGAAAAUUUAAGAAUUUCAGCAAUUUUCCAGAGUAAAAAUAUAAAAGUUCUCAGCUUCUAGAGUCUCGAAUGUUCUUUGAGGUUAGAACUGUUACUCAACCAAACAAUUAAUCAAGAAAGUAAAGUAGAUGCAUUGAUAAUUAAUAAUAAAUAAUCAUUAGCUGCAGCCUGACAUCACUGUUACAGCAACAAAAGCAGAGACGAGCAAGUCUCUAACAUUAGGGUGUGUGUGUGUGUGUGGCAUGUGUGUGGCGUGUGUGUGUGUGUGUGUGUGUGUCUUCUUUAAAAGGUUCUGUAGUCUCGCUCUAAGAUGGAUCAGCACUUUGUUUAUUUAUUGUCCGAUCACACAUCUGUGUGAAACAACUGGAAGUAAUCAGAAGGUGUGUGUGUGUGUGUGUGUGUGUGCGUGUGCGUGUGCGUGUGUGUGUGUGUGUGUGUUGUGAUGAAACGUGUUGAAGAAGCAGAACUCCUCGUGUUGACUUCCAAACUUCUUUUAACCACUAAGUCUGAUUGUUUGAAGAGUUCUUGAUCGUUUUUUAAGUUCCUCACACGUUGCAGCGUUUUCUGCUCUGCGCUCUGAAAGGUUUGCACACACACACACACACUGCUGAGACUGUUUCUGAAUAUCUGUUUAUCUGUAUGUGUGUGUGUGUGUGUGUGUGUGUGUGUGUGUGUGUGCGCGCACUGUAUAAACACAGAGGGUGUUAAUUUCACUUAAUGUCACUGACGUUUUUUGAUUUUGAGGAGCAAUGCAUCCGUCUGUCUGUCUCUGUUUGGCUUUAAUCAGUAAUAAACAAGCAUUUCCACUCA